AGUACCAAACAACCAUGAAGUCUCUGAUACUGUUGGGAUUGCUCGCCUGGGUGGCUGUUACUCUCGCUGAAGAUGAUGACAAAACUAUGGCAGUGAAAUACCUCAGUCAGUUCCACUACAUCUCACCAUCUCGUUCCGGCAACCACGAUGUUAAAACAGCCAUUAGAAAUUUCCAGAGGUUUGCUGGUCUUCCAGUAACUGGUGAAAUCGAUGAGGCCACCGUUCGUCAGAUGAAGAAACCUCGAUGUGGAGAUCCUGAUGUGGACGACAGUGGAAGUCGUAUCAGAAGAUACAAGUUGGGCUCCAAAUGGGGCAAGAAACAUCUGACAUACUUCGUUGAGUACGGACGUGACUUAUCGUCUGGUGAACAGGAUAGAAUCUUUGCAAGAGCUCUGAAAUACUGGGCUGAUGUUUCUGGGCUGAGCUUCUCUAGAGCCUCAAGCGCAUCUUCGGCUGACCUCAAAGUCUGCUUCGGAGGCAAGUCUCACGGCGGUAGCUCAGAGGGAGUGUGCUCCGAAGUCUUCGAUGGACCAGGCAAGGUUUUGGCCCACGCCUUCUUCCCCAGUGAUGGACGCUGUCAUUUCGACGAGGACGAAACAUACACAGACGGAACAUCAAGCGGAACCAAUCUCUUGUGGGUGGCGACCCACGAGUUUGGCCAUGCCCUUGGCUUACAUCACAGUGACGUCAGGAAUGCUGUCAUGUACCCUUACUAUACUGGAUACGUACCAAACUUUAGACUCCAACAAGAUGACAUCAAUGGAAUCCAAGCUCACUAUGGAGGACCAGGCUCUGGAGGCACAAGCACAGGCGGAGGCGGAAGUUGCGUUGAUACUGACUCUAACUGUCCGUACUGGACAAGUUACUGUACUAACAACGACUGGGUUAAGGAUAAUUGCAAGCGGACAUGUGGUACUUGUUGAGAUGCCUUGGUAUUAUUUGGGCAAUCUGUCGGUUAAACAAGUUAAACCGGUUACUGCAGCACAAUGAAGCAAUAUUGAUCAGUAUAUGUAGUAUUUAGUGACUUUAGAGGAAUUAAAUGCGAUUUAUAAAACA